GUUAUAUCCAUGGACAGAGAUCACAAUCUCUGAUACAAAAUUGUUUUUCCCGUAGUUAUGAACACAAAUGAUACUUUACCACUAGAUGAAUUGAAGAUCCCUGUGUUUAAGGAUGGGACCAGAAAAAUGGUUCCAGCAUUGCACAAGGGUUGGGCGGAAGAGAGAAAAUUCAUCUACUUUAAAACUCCACCACUUCCCAACUCAGAUGGCAAGUAUCUUCUUGGAGAAAGGGAAUCCUGGCUGGAUGUUGUAAAGCUAUACAAUAAUGAUAUGGAAUGGCUUCUCAACUUAAAGCAACACAGAUUUUGGUCACAGAUCAUAUAUUAUGAUUCCACAAUGCCAGCAAUAGUAUCAUUCUUACAAGAAGCAGUUCCAUUUUAUGCACUGAAAAAGUACUUUCAGGAUGAUGACAUGUGGAAAAUGUAUAAGAAAACAUAUGGCCUUAUAUAUGCCAUUGUUAAUCGUUUAAUUACGAAUAGAGAAUCUGAGGAUGAAUACAUGUCUGAGAAACAUCUGGGUAAUCUCAUUUAUGAUAAUUACAUUUUCACUGUCUCCAUGAUGCUCGACCUUUGUUUAGUGUACGGUGAAAGUAACAGAUCUGGUCUGCAGAGUGUAAUAUCGAGAGUACUGAAAAUACAGCCUCGUUAUCUGGACGAUUUGAAGGAUACAGUUUCUGUCUGCUCAAAGGUGUUGAAAUCUGUUGAAGCGAGUUUCGGUAUACACCAUGACACAGAAAAUGAACCUAUUAAACUGAGUGAAAAGAACAAACUCCAGCAACGAACAAUGUCAUUGAGUGUUUUUGAAGAUGUUGUCAUUCAUAUAUUGGAUACAGCCAUAAAUUUAAGAAUAUUUCUGGACAUCUGUAGUCCUGCAUGUGUGGCAUUCCAUGAGCUUCAAUUUGAAACACAGCUUGUAAAAUUCUAUGAGUAUGCCAUACCUGAAGUGUAUGAAAACUUGGAGAUUUUGGUAAAUAAAGAGGGCUGCAGUUCCAAGUAUAUGGAGCUAAAGACAAAUUUGGAUAUAAUUCGUACUGAAUUGCUGAAAUCGUAUAGGUAUAUUGUUUCUUCUACAAUCAAUACAGUCAUGGAAGAAAGAGAAUUACAUUCGGAAGAGGUUACAAAGAAAAAAUUGGAAGAAUAUAUUUCUGUAUUAACUGAUACUGCUUCAGAGAAGAUUUUCAUGAGAGAUUAUCAUUCUACUUUCAAAGUAGAUGCAGACAUAGACAUUUUGAUGCAGAUAUGUCCUGAUAUUGAUUCAAUUAAAUUUGAUUUCUUGAUGGAAUCUGUUCUGUCAUGUUUUGAUACCCCGAAUUCACAGAAAAAUAGCUAUUUUUCAUCGGAGUUUUCAAAAACUAUAGACACGAAGGACAUCCAGCCAACUGCAAGUGGCCAUGUGGAAGCCCCGAGUGAGAAUAAGAAAAAAAAAGUAACAGGAGUGGAAUUAGAUUCUCUCAUCACCGAAGUGCAAGACAUCCUUCCUCACCUACAAGAUGGAUUUAUUGAGAAAUGCCUAGAAUACUAUGACUAUGCCAGUGAGAGAGUAGUUAAUGCAGUUCUGGAAAACCAACUUCCAGAAGAAUUACAGAACAUAGAUACAUCAAUGCCUCGUAUACCUCCAGAAAAGGAUGAGGAAUCGUAUGUUUCUAGGAGAUACAACAUUUAUGAUAAUGAUGAAUUUGAUAUAAUGACUCAGGAUGUCAUGGACACUACAAGGAUAAUCAGAGGGAAAAGGAAGCCAAAGUACAAAGAUGUGAAAGAGUUGCUUGAUGAUAAAACACUGAUAAAGCAGUACCAGAGCACAUAUGCAAAACUGGGACUUGUGGAAGAAGAUGAGAGUCAGUUUAAUUAUUAUGACGACGAAUAUGAUGACACCUGCGAUGAUCGUGAAAUCUCGGUACCUGAAGUUGGGGAUGAUGAAAGACGUCCUCUGGUCAUUCCCCGUGUUCUGCGGAUGAAUGAAGAUGUGAAAUCAAGUGAAGAAGAAUCCGGAAGUGAAGGUGAUACAGCAGCAGUUCCCUCUGAUCAGUUCGUUCCAAAUCCUGAAGAACUUCGAGCACAAGCUGAACACAGACGCCAAAUGAAAUUACAAAACAGGGGUCGUCGUCAUUACAGUGGAGCAAUGCCUCAGUCCAGAGAUGUAGUUGGACGGCCAAAAGGACAAGGGCAAGACAAAACUGUAGUUGUAAAUCGACAGAACAAGAGUGCACAUAAGUCGUCAUAUGCAAAUCACAAUCGCCGAGCAGGGGCCCAGAGAAAGCGUCAACAAGGAAUGUUUCCUGCAUAACAUCUGCUUCAUACUUUAUAUGGAAAAAGUUCCUAUCAAUAAAUCGUAAUGACCAAUUUUUUGCACCCUUGUUUUUUGUUAUCAUCUCUCUGUGGAAGUUUGUAAACUAAAGAAAUAAUAUAUAUUUUUUUUUUCUGGCUUUUGCAAGUGUAAAGGCAAAAAUAAAUUUAUAAUUAACUGAA